AUUUUUCUAUGAAUAAACAAAGAACAUUCAUUGAAGAAAUUAAUUAAACCGUGUUUAGUAGACCAUAAAGAAUGCGAGAAUAUUACACUAGCAAACACUAAGUAAGGUCCUCUAACAAAAGCAUUCAAAAGUUGUGCCCUCGUUGCAAAUUCUCUGUUCGUUUCUAGGUAUUCUUAUGCAUGAUAAAUACGUUCCUUUUAAUUUUUAUUUUGUAUGUUCCAUUAUAAAAUUCGUGUCUUUUUUUACGUAGCUGUUUAGGAUUAUGAAGAGUAAGCUCAAUUCACUCCCAACUACCAUCCAUAAUCCCAAUAUCAAGUUUAACCAUGGAUAAGGUAGAAUCAACGACGAUUCCCACUAAUCAUAAAGACUUAAUUAAUGAUGUUUCCUAUGAUUUCUACGGUCGAAGGAUGGCUUCAUGUUCCGCAGACCAACGAGUAAAAGUCUACGAUUCUGAUGAAGAUAGCGGGAAUUGGAAAAUCGCAUCUGAGUGGAGGGCUGGAGAUGCAAGUCUUAUGAGAAUCGAAUGGGCACAUCCGGAAUUUGGUCAAGUCCUGGCUGUCUGUAGUUUAGACAGAGGUGUUAGAGUUUACGAGGAACAAAAAGGAGUAUCGAAUACGAAAACAUGGGUCGAGGUUGCUAAACUGAUGGAUGCUAGAAGCGCAGUUUUAGAUAUAAGCUUUUGUCCUAUUCAGCAUGGUUGUAAGCUCGCAGCGAUUUCAGCAGAUGCUACCUUGCGGAUUUAUGAAGCACUUGAGCCUGAAAAUCUUUCUUCUUGGACUUUGAUGGAUGAGAUUAAAUUGCUUCCUUCUCCUCCUUCCCGUAAUGAACAACCUUCCUUUUGUGUAAGCUGGUGCCCUUCUCGUUGGCGUACUCAAUGCAUCGCCGUUGGUUGUAUGGACAAAGCUUACUUGUACACCCAAAAUGCUAGCGCAAAGUGGAAGCAGAUUGCUUCCUUAUCUGGACAUACUAGCCUCGUCCGUGACAUUGCAUGGGCACCUUCUAUGGGACGCCUCUAUCAUUUACUAGCCACAGCCUGCAAGGACGGAAACGUGCGCAUUUUUAAAGUUUCGAUCCCUUUGCAGCCAAACCAAACGAAUUCUCUCGAAUAUGAGUCUCCUUCAGAGACUACUGAAGAGCCCAUAAAGGUAGAAUUGAUUGGUGAAUAUGAUAACCAUAAAUGCCAAGUUUGGAGAUGUCAGUUUAAUGUUACUGGUACAAUUUUAAGUACUUCUGGCGAUGACGGAUGCAUUCGACUAUGGAAGGCUUCAUAUGCUAACCUCUUUAAAUGCAUUUCUGUGGUAUCAUUAGAAAGAAAACCGGAACGUUCUACUUAGGGGUUCUUUCUUCCUCCAAAAAUGCACAUUGGAUUGAGUAUAUCGUCUUUCCAGGUUUAUGAUAUUUUUAAAUAGACUUUCAUAUUACAGGUUUUUGCUCACCCAAAAAUGUUUUGUUCUUUUAUGUCUUCGAUUAGUAAAAAAAAAGGUUUAAUACGCGUCUCUUGUCUUUGAAAAUUCACUGAAGCUUUUCUUAUUUAAAGGAAAAGAUAAAUUCAUGACCCGAAAAUGAUUAAAAAUGUUUAUAAAAAGCCAACUUAAAUUUCUCUAUCUAACCAUAAUUGAGACGGAAAAGGUCGUUCAAAACAAAGUAAUUACCGGCGUUGUUAACAAGGUGGAAAACUUGGCUGUAGCGUUGUGCAAUUUGUUCCUCAUCCAACUAGUAUGUAGGUUAGUUAAAUCUUAUUUUUGAGUAUUCAACUCAUAUAUCCCAAAAUGUAUAUACAAG